AGUUAUAUGAUAAUUUUCUUAACAUUUUUUUUAGUAAUAGUCUUCCAUUUGAACGGAGUUCAUCUCUUCCAUUCUCCGGCAACCACACAACACUGUUUCAUCACUGCUUAUAACUCUCUGAACUCUGUAUUCAAGCCUACGGAACCUAUCCUUAUAUGCGUGCAUAUCUAAAUACUGGAAUUCCAAGUAUUCUUUAGCCAUGUAAUGAUCUGUUGAGAAUUUGGUGUCCAUACAAUUCUACAAGGAAAUCUUCCUUGUGGUAAUUAUGCAUGUCUGGCUCCGUGGCUAUAGCUGAUUAUUCAAAUGGAGGAGCACUUUCUUGUGCAGAGAGAACAAAAUCUGUUGAUGCCAUUCCUGAAUUAGACCAUCCGUCUACAUUGACAAACGGUGAAACUGAUGGGUUUAGUGAAGGACAAGUCUUACUUUCCAAUGGAGAGUUAUAUUCUGGGUCCCUUUAUGGCAACGUUUCUGAGGGCCAUGGGACAUACGUGUGGUGUGAUGGUUGUGUAUACGAGGGUGAAUGGAGGAGAGGGAUGAGAAAUGGGUAUGGAAAAAUAAGAUGGCCUUCUGGAGCAGUGUAUGAAGGUGAAUUCUCUGGUGGAUAUAUCCAUGGUACGGGAACGUAUAUUCGUUCUGAUAAAUUGACUUAUAAAGGUAGAUGGCGGUUGAAUCUUAAACAUGGUUUGGGUUACCAAGUUUAUCCUAAUGGAGAUACCUUUGAAGGGUCUUGGAUGCAAGGAACACCAGAGGGGCCUGGCAAGUAUACUUGGACCAAUGGAAAUGUGUAUUUGGGGAAUAUGAAAGGUGGCACAAUGUCAGGAAAAGGAACUCUCACUUGGAUAAAUGGGGACUCAUAUGAAGGAAACUGGUUAAAUGGCGUGAUGCAUGGGUUUGGAGUGUAUACUUGGAGUGAUGGAGGAUGCUAUGUUGGGACUUGGACAUUUGGUCUAAAAGAUGGCAAAGGAACCUUUUAUCCAAGGGGUAGUAAUCUUCCAUCAGUCCAAGAAAUUUACCUCAAUGCCUUGAGGAAAAGAGGGUUAUUGCCGGAUUUGAGAAAACAAAACCAGGUGAGAGAUGUCAAGGUCUCAGAAAGAAAUGUUUCAUCUGAUAGAAGAAAUGUUUCUCUUGAAAGGCGUUGGAGUCUUGAGGUGUCUAUUGAGAAAGUGAUUGGAUAUGAUUCGGCAGAAUCUGUGCAAGAAAGUAGAGACAAAGAGGUUGAUGCAACGAUCCCAAUUUUGGAACGGGAGUACAUGCAAGGUGUAUUGAUGAGUGAGGUUGUGUUAAAUAAUAUGUUUUCAUCUAUGUCUAGAAGGGCACGACGACUUCAAAAAAAGCUUGCCAAAGAUAUUAAAAGACCUGGGGAAGCAAUCAUUAAAGGUCACAGGAGUUAUGAUCUAAUGCUCAAUUUGCAGCUUGGAAUAAGGUAUACUGUGGGCAAGAUAACACCUAUACCAACCCGAGAAAUUAGAGCAUCAGAUUUUGGUCCCAAAGCAAGCUUUUGGAUGGAUUUUCCUAAAGAAGGUUCUCAAUUAACACCUACUCAUCAAUCAGAGGAUUUUAAAUGGAAAGAUUAUUGCCCCAUGGUUUUCAGAAAUUUGAGAGAGUUGUUCAAGAUUGAUGCCGCUGACUACAUGAUGUCCAUUUGUGGAAAUGAUACUUUGAGAGAACUGUCUUCUCCGGGGAAAAGUGGUUGUGUCUUCUUCCUGUCUCAGGAUGAUCGUUUCAUGAUCAAGACGCUGCGAAAAUCUGAAGUCAAGGUUCUUCUAAGAAUGCUUCCAGACUAUCAUCAUCAUGUGAAGUCAUAUGAAAAUACACUUAUCACAAAAUUUUUUGGCCUGCACCGGAUUGAACCUUCAAGUGGUCAAAAGUUUUGCUUUGUUGUAAUGGGAAAUAUGUUCUGCACGGAAUUAAGGAUCCAUCGGAGAUUUGAUUUAAAAGGUUCGUCCCUUGGACGAUCAUCAGACAAGAUAGAAAUCGACGAGAAUACCACACUCAAAGAUUUGGAUCUGAACUACUGCUUCUACUUGGAACCGUCUUGGCGGGAGUCUUUAUUAAAGCAGAUCGAAAUAGACAGCAAAUUUUUGGAAGCACAGCACAUAAUGGAUUACAGCCUUCUUCUAGGUGUUCACUAUCGAGCUCCCCAGCAUCUGCGUCCUCUCAUAUCAUACAGCCAAAGAAGAAGUGUGGAUGGAUUAGCAAUGCUUGCAGAGGAAGACCCACUGGAGGAUGAAGUAUCCUAUCCACAAGGCCUUGUUCUAGUUCCCCGAGGAGCAGAUGAUAACAGUGUUGUUGUUGGUUCACACAUGAGAGGCAGCAGGUUGCGAGCUUCAUCUGCUGGUGAUGAGGAGGUGGAUCUACUUCUACCUGGUACAGCAAGACUCCAAAUCCAGCUAGGUGUGAACAUGCCAUCAAGGGCAGAACGGAUUUCAGGAAAACGAGAAAAGCAGAUGUUCCAUGAGGUGUACGAUGUGGUACUGUACCUGGGUAUCAUUGACAUUUUGCAGGAUUACAACAUGACUAAGAAGAUUGAACAUGCUUAUAAAUCUCUUCAGUUUGAUUCAUUGUCUAUCUCAGCUGUGGACCCUACGUUCUACUCCCGUCGCUUCCUGGAAUUUAUUCAGAAAGUGUUUCCGCCAAAUACAAUGUCAGUUAAUUAAGAUCUUACCAGUAAGUUUAUUUAGAAUGUGUGAAUAUUGCACAUUUUAUGCUUCGGAAUUUUUAUAGUAGUUGGCCACGUGUGGUAAUUGGAAGUGAAUAAUGAGGUAAAUAGAUUUAUCUCAUGUAAAGUAAGUAAAUAUAUAACAUAAGAAAUUUUUAUCUUUA